UGUGCAGUGUGGUUGAGAUUGCAUCGUCUGUGGACCUAUUUGGGCAGUAAGCAAAUUCUUAUCAAAGUUGGGGGUCAGCAGGUAACUUCCUCACGCUUUUGUUUUUAGGUAGAGGUAUUGAACAUCAAUGGUGUAAAAUAUCUGUUCUCAUACUGUACACAUCAGUUUACAGAACAAUACAAGGGGUUAAACCCUAUGCAACAAGUGCCUGCUGUCCAAAUUGAUGGCAUCACGCUGUCACAGUCGAUGAGUGCAAUGAUGUUAUUGCUGGCAGUGAUCCAGUACAUUGAGGAGACCAGAACAGGACACAGGCUUCUCCCUGCAGACCCGAAGAAACGAGCCCAGGUGCGCAUGAUCUCUGACCUUAUCGCCUCUGGGAUCCAGCCUGUGCAGAAUUUGUACGUGCUACAGAAGAUCGGAGCCGAGAAGGUGCAGUGGGCGCAUCAUUUCAUCCAAAGAGGUUUUGAAGCCCUGGAGCCCAUUCUGAAAGGGACAGCUGGCAAGUACUGUGUAGGGGAUGAGAUUUCCAUGGCAGACAUCGGUCUCGUCCCUCAAGUCUAUAAUGCUGAACAGUUCAAAGUGGAUGUUGAUCAGUUCCCAACUAUCAAAAGGCUAAACCAAACCUUACUGAAGGUAGAUGCUUUCAAAGAGAGUCAUCCGUCAUGCCAACUAGACACACCUGCUGAAAUAUGUACAUGAGAACACCUCUGAUGUCUAAGGGAGACAGUAGUGCCACCAUCAUUGAAUGCUUCUAUAAAAUACCUUUGUCUUAUUUAAUGAGAUUGAAACCAAAGACGACCUAUUACUUGUAUGAUGAAGUUUCGUUAUUUUAAUACUCAUAUUUACCCUCUAAGAAACAGUACAUUCACCCAUCUACACAAAUUAUGCCAAUGCUGACCAAAGUGGAUUUGUUAAGGGAAGCAAUACAAAAUGUAAAAACAUAAAAAAAUAGUGAUGUAUUAAAUCAAUAAAAACAAACAUUUACUGUACAAAUGACAAAGUACCAUACUAGCCCUCCGUUGAUCCUUCAUGUUACUGUAGAAGUUUAUGGAAAGUGAAAAUGGCUGUCUGCACUUUGUUAAAUAAUUGUUUUUGUAAAAAAGCUGAAGUUCAGCUUACUUAAAUUCAAAUAAAACAGAAAAUUUAUUUCAGCUCUA